UCAAAGCCGGGUCACGCGCCGCGCGCCCGAGGCCCGUGCGCACUCUGCCCGUGGCCGCCCGGACCCGGCUGCCCCGCGCGCUGCCAUGGAGCGCAUCGAGGGCGCGGCCGUGGGCCGCUGCGCAGCCUCGCCCUACCUGCGGCCUCUCACGCUGCACUACCGCCAGAAUGGCACUCAGAAGUCGUGGGACUUCAUGAAGACACAUGACAGUGUGGCCAUUCUCAUGUUCAACUCUUCCCAGCAGAGCCUGGUGUUGGUGAAGCAGUUCCGGCCAGCUGUGUAUGUGGGCGAGGUGGAGCGCCUCUUCCCCGGGUCCCUGGCGGCCGUGGACCGGGACGGACCCCGGGCGCUGCAAGUGGAGCUGCCUGGCUCGGCGGGGGCGACCUACGAGCUGUGCGCCGGCCUCGUAGACCAGCCCGGGCUCUCGCUGGAGGACGUGGCCUGUGCGGAGGCUUGGGAGGAGUGCGGCUACCGGCUGGCUCCCUCCGACCUGCGCCGGGUCGCCACCUACAAGUCUGGCGUGGGACUGACCGGCUCCAGCCAGACCAUGUUCUACGCAGAGGUGACCGAUUCCCAGCGGAGCGGCCCGGGCGGGGGCCUGGCAGAGGAGGGUGAGCUCAUCCAAGUGGUGCAUCUGCCGCUGGAUGGGGCCCAGGCCUUCGCGGACGACCCGGAUGUCCCCAAGACCCUCGGUGUCAUCUUCGGCAUCUCCUGGUUCCUCAGCUGUGUGGCCCCUGGGCUGGGUCCCCGGUGAGACUCCGGGGGGGGGGGUCGAGACCAAGGUCGGCCACGGUCACCUCCUGCAGACCAAAUAAAGGCUUGUAGAACUCCA